AUGCCGACUCUAAUGCCGUGGCCAGCUGCGCUAGAUUACGCGGUUGAGGAUCCAUGGCGCGAACAACUCGAUCGAGAUGGUCCCACAGAUGCUCGAUGGUUAGUAGCUCAAUGUUUAGAUUCACGCGAAAGGGCGGAAGUCAUAAAUAAGAAUUCAGAGCAUUCGACAGCGAAUAGUGGGCGCCGUCAGUCUGCGUAUGCAGUCCAGAAAAUAAACACUCGUCAUUUCAGCGAUGGAAAGAGCAAUAAAUUAGAAACGAAAGCUUCUUCUGCUUCUGAUUUAGUGUCCACGGGUAUUAAAGAAAAAUUGAUUAAGGCAUGUGUUUUUUUUUGCGGAGAUUUUUCCCAUUCAAGCCAUAAAUGUCCUAUUGCCCAGAAACUAACUAAUGACGAAAAGGUUGAAAUACUACGCAAAAAUGGCACUUGUUUUAGGUGUUUACAAAAUAAGGGUCACAUCAGCAAAUUUUGUGAUUCUAACAUUUUUUGCUCCCAUUGUCACUCUAAGCAUUCUACGAUUAUGUGCAACAGAAUUAAUUCCGAGAGUAAAAAGGGAACGAUCAAAACUGUCCAGGAAGUUGAAAAUAAAGUACUUUCGAAUCAAAGCAACCGUUCUGAAGUUUAUUUACAAACUUUGGUCGUAGGGGUAGCUGGGAAAACCUUAAAGGGUUAUUUAAGAUUGCUAAUAGACACCGGAAGUCAGAACACGUACAUAAGUCAAUAUGCUGCUAAAACGUUGAAAUUAGAAAAGAUAGGAACUGAAAGAAUUAAACAUGGGUUAUUUGGGGGUGUAGAAGUUUCGGAAGAUCAUAAUCGUUAUCAAAUAGAUUUAACUAGUUUGGAUGGAAAGUACAGGUGUAAAAUCGAAGCACUAGACCAGAGGAAAAUUUGUUCGUCACUACCUAAGAUCAAAGACGAAAAAUUAAUUAAAGUAAUGGAAAAAAGGGGAAUCCUUAUCAACGACAAUCAUGUGAAUGGAAAUCUCUGUCUGUUUCAAGAAAAUCCGGAAGAGAUUCAUAUGCUGUUAGGAGCGGACACCGCAGCACAAUUGUUCACUGAAAGAAUUGAACAUUUUGCGGGGGAUUACGUAGCCUUUGCCUUUGAGACCAAGUUAGGCUGGACUUUAAUGGGCAAGAUUAAAGAGAAUGCGAAUACGUCGAGUUCCCUGUCCGUUCUUUCUUUAUCCUUACAUGUUUCCGAUACAAAUUUGUCCAAUCUUUGGCGUUUAGACACCUUGGGGAUUUCAAGUGAGGAAAACAAAACGAAAAGUGCCUUGGAAGAAGAAACCCGAAAACAUUUCUUAAAAAGUGUAAAACGAGAUAGCUCAGGGAGAUAUGAAGUAACCUUACCCUUUAUUUUAGAUAAAUCCGUCUUAUCCAGUAACCGUACUGUGGCAGAAAGACACCUCGUCAAAACCGAAAGUAAACUAAUUAACACACGCAGAAGAAAAGAUUACGAAGAAAUAUUUGAUGAGUGGGAAGCGAAGGAUAUUAUUGAGGUAGUAACUGAGGAAAAGGAGGAAGGAGUGCACUACUUGUCACACAGACCUGUAAUAAAAGAGUCUAGUGAAACUACAAAGAUACGGCCUGUUUUCAAUGCAUCUGCACGUUCUAAGAAUUCACCCUCUCUCAAUGAUUGUUUGAAUGAAGCCGAAAAUUUCGUUCAAGAAGCAAGAUUGAUUUUGGCUUCAGGGCAUUUCAAUUUGAGAUGUUGGCGAUCAAAUUUUCGCAUUGACAUGAUCGAUGAGAUAGAGAACAAGACGAAAGUUGUCCCAGUAUUAGGAUUAGUAUGGGAUUUAGAAAAAGAUAGUUUGAGUUGCAAGAUCGAAGAAACAUUUAACUUGAGGGAACCUAUUACCAAAAGAAAAGUUUUGUCAAUUACCCAGAAAAUUUUUGAUCCCAUUGGCUUUACUGCACCGAUAACUGUAAUUCCUAAGCUAAUUUUGCAAGAAACAUGGAACCAGAAGAUUAAGUGGGAUGAAGAUCUUCCUCUUCCCCUAAGUGAGCAGUUUGGGACUUGGUUGAACCAAUUGCCUCUGCUAUCUCAGAUUGAAAUUCCUCGUUGGUUAAAUAUUGAUUACGAAAACGAAGAUACCGUAGUGCUCCACGUUUUUUCGGAUGCUAGUAAAAGAGCCUAUGCCACAUGUGCAUUUUUAAGAGCUGAAACCAUCGAAGGUGUAAAGGUUCAGUUAGUAAGCGCGAGAAGUCGAAUAGCCCCUAUUAAGGAACUUACGAUUCCACGGCUUGAACUUCUUUCCUGUCUGAUAGGUGCCAGGCUUGCCAAAACAAUUCUAUCAGAUUUGAAACUUAAGAAUUGUAGAACAGUGUUCUGGAGUGAUUCUUCUACAGCUUUGGGGUGGAUAAGAAGGGAUCAAGCAUGGGGUACGUUUGUUCACAAUCGAGUACAAGAAAUAAGAUCGCUUACCAGAAUAUCUGACUGGAGGCAUGUACCUGGAAGUUUAAAAACCCAGCGGAUCUCCCAUCGAGAGGAUGUACUAUUGAGCAAUUACAGAAAUCGGCAUGGUGGGAGGGCCCAUCGUGGCUUUACUUACCAGAAGACGAGUGGCCCCAUGUAG